UUAGAAAACAAAAUGUCUGACAAAACUAACUGCACUAAGAUAGUGAUAUUACAAAAGCGAUAAAACGUUCUUAAAUUUUAUAUUCACCCUUUAUAACCAUGCAAGCAGAGGAUGCCAGAUAUCUUAAAAGAAAGGUGAAAGGUGGCAGUAUCGAUGUGCACCCAACAGAAAAAGCCCUGGUUGUCAACUAUGAAUUGGAAGCAACUAUUCUGGGUGAAAUGGGUGACCCUAUGUUGGGGGAAAGAAAGGAGUGCCAGAAGAUCAUUCGAGUGAAAGGUUUACAUGAAAACAGUGAUUUAAGUACUCUAGCUAAGGAAAUCAUCGAAAAAUGUAAACUUAUUCAUCCAAGCAAGCUGCCUGAAGUAGAACAGCUGCUUUAUUAUUUACAAAACAGAAAGGAAACAGCUCCUGUUAAAGCCUCUGGCAAAACAAAGCUUUCAGAUAAACCAGGGGAUCCAUCUGUGUGUGAUGGGACAGAGACUGAUGAAGUGGCAAACAUCAAUGAUGUUGAUGAUUACCUUGAAAUGCUGUAUGAAGAGCUGCCUGAGAAGGUCAAAGGUUGUGCCCUUAUCCUGCAGCUGGCCCGCAAUCCUGACAACUUGGAGGAACUGUUUCAAAAUGAAACUGUUGUGAGUGCUCUGGUUCGACUGCUACGAGAAGAGUGGAAGCGCAGCACAGACCUGGCCACCAAUAUCAUCUACAUCUUCUUCUGUUUUUCAUCCUUCUCCUCCUUUCAUGCCGUCAUCCUCCACUUUAAGAUGGGGACGUUGUGCAUGACCAUCAUUCAGCACGAACUCAAGAAACAUGAGCUUUGGCAGGAGGAGCUCAACAAGAAGAAAAAAUCGGCUGAAGAUAAUGGUAAAUUGAGAGAAGAUUAUGAAAAAAGCUUAAAGAAAUAUGAAGGCCUUGUGCGGAAACAGGAGCAACUACUGCGAGUCUCCUACUACCUGCUUCUGAACUUGGCCGAAGAUCUGAGCGUUGAGCUGAAGAUGAGGAACAAGGGCAUUGUCCGCAUGCUGGUCAACACGCUGGACAGGAAUAACUUUGAACUGCUCAUCUUGGUGGUUUCUUUCCUUAAAAAACUCAGCAUUUUUAUUGAGAACAAAAAGGAAAUGGUUGAAAUGAACAUUGUAGAAAAGCUGACGAGACUGAUCCCAUGUGACCACGAGGAUCUGCUCAACAUCAUCAUUCGGUUACUCCUUAACCUCAGCUUUGAUCCUGACAUUCGCAACAAAAUCAUCAAGUUUGGCCUGCUGCCCAAACUUGUCAACUUGCUGACCAAUGAGAACCACAGGCAACUGGUUCUAUGUAUCCUGUACCACAUCAGCAUGGAUGACAAGGCCAAGUCAAUGUUUACUUUCACAGACUGUGUCCCACUGGCCAUGAAGAUGUUGCUGGAGAGUCCUGAAGACCCUGACCUUGAACUUGUGGCUCUGUGUAUAAACCUGGCAGCCAACAAACGAGCAGCUCAGCUUAUCUGUGAUGGGCCUGGCCUAAAGUUGCUCAUGAAACGAGCCUUCAAGUUCAAGGAUCCUUUCCUCAUGAAGAUGAUCAGAAACUUGUCCCAGCACUCUGGGACUACAAAAAAUCUCUUCAUUGACUACAUCUCCGACUUGUGUACACAUAUACUACAGUGGGAGAAUGAAGAUUUCAGCCUUGAAUGUUUAGGAAUUCUGGGUAACCUGACAAUACCAGACCUGGACUACGAGCUGAUACUCAAGGAAUACAACCUGAUUCCUUGGAUCAAGGGGAAGCUGCAGCCUGGUGCUGCAGAUGAUGAUGUGGUACUGGAGGUUGUGAUACUUGUAGGGACCGUGUGCAGUGAUGAUGCAUGUGCCAAGCUGUUGGCUGACAGCAACAUAAUCCAUCUGCUGAUUGAGCUACUCAAUGCGAAACAGGAAGAUGAUGAGGUUGUCUGUCAGAUUGUGUAUGUGUUCUAUCAGAUGAUUUUCCACGAGGCAACCAGAGAAAUUAUCAUUAAAGAAACACAGGCUCCUGCCUAUUUAAUUGACCUGAUGCAUGACAAGAAUGCUGAGAUACGAAGUGUUUGUGAAAACACCCUGGACAUGAUUGGGGAGUUUGAUGAAGAAUGGGCCAAGAAAAUCCAGCUCGAAAAAUUCCGCUGGCACAACUCCCAGUGGCUGGAGAUGGUCGAGUCCAGGCAGGUGGACCAGCUGGCAGACUCAGCUUUCAUGUACCCAGAGGAGCAGGGGUUCGACCCCUACCUGCAGGAUGCUGACAUUCUAGACAGGCCUGAUCUCUUCUAUGAAGGUUAUGAUAAUAAUGGACACUUGACACCUGAGUAUAUUGAUGAUGCUGGGUUGUACAGUGACUUUUAUUCUCAGCAGCCUUAUGGGUAUGAAGCAGACGACCCUUAUAUCAGACCUGAAGGACACCUGGGAUUUGUUCAUGAUGGCUAUCAAAUGGAGCCUCGUGGACUUGACCCCUACGGCCAAGAUUAUGUCUCAGCUGAUGGACACAUUGAAAAAUUACAUGGCACAGUACCCAGCAGUCUAAAACAACAAUGAUUCUGGAGUACAUUGCCCUUGUUUUGGUCAGCUGAAAACUAAGACAACAAGACUGAUGUAAAUACAUGUGACAAAAUAACUUGUACAUUGUCAGCUUUAGUUUUAAUAAAUUUAUUUUCAAUUUUUU